GAACGCACGCACGUCACGAAACAUUGGCGCAAUUAGGAUUUUUGUGUGGGAUAGUCCAAAUCCCCUAGUUUUAAUAAGAAAUCAAUGACUUCCAAAAUUUGAUAUUUUGAAGAUUAAUAAAUAGAAAAUUAUUGUGACAAUCAUGAGAAAGUCAAAAUGCAAGAAGUUUACUGGAAUUGUAGUUAUAUUUCAUAAAAUUUCUACAAAUGAAAUAAUGAAAUAAUUUAUACAUUUUGACAGUAGUCAAGGUUACGUGUUUGGCACCUUUGGUAUUUUAUCAGAGUAUAUACUGAUUCAUAGAUCAAUUCUCAUAAUUUAUUCGUUGUACUUUUAUGAACUUCCAAUGGCAUUCUUUAACUGAAUUUGCAUAUGCAAACAUAUGUUGGCUGCUAGAAACCAUAAAAUUUUUAAAAGAUAUUUAGUAACAUUACAAAAUCAAAAUGGCUAAUAACAUCAGGCUCUUUGCCCUUCUUUUAUAUAAAAAUUUGAUAGUACGUUGUAGGCAUUGGAAAACAACAUUAUUUGUACAGUGUUUGAUACCUAUUGCUUUGUUUGUAUUAAUACAAGCUACAAGAGACUUCAGUGUACAGCCACCCAGAAAGAUUAAUGAAAGUACACACUACCAUCCAGAUGAAUUAACUUCAAUAAACAUAGAUAUGACAUUUUUAUACUAUGUGCCACGGAAUUCGUAUACACAAAAUCUUAUGAAUGACAUUCGAUUAUGUUUGAGAUUACCAUAUGAAAAUAUAGCUGGAUUCGCAUCCGAAGAUGAUAUGAUUAAUGCUUACACAAUUUUACAAGUUGAAGCUCCACAUGUUAAUGUUUUAGCUGUUGUAUUUGAACAAUACAAUACAACUGAUAUAAAAUACAAAAUAAGACAUGCUAUUGAAAUUCCAAAUACAUUAUUUUACAAUACAUUUGAGCAGCGUUCAUUUUAUAAUGCAAUACCAUUUAUACCAUUACAAAUAUGUGUUGAUGAAUGUUUUAUAAAUCAUACAUCACAUUCUUCAAUAGAGAGAAAGAUGUCAAUACAAAAAAUGCCUUAUCCACCAUAUGUUAAAAUAGACGAAUCUGAUAUUAUGUUAAGAAUGGCAGUGUGCAUGUUUGCAGUCAUUGCUUUAUUAAUUCCACUAUGUAUAGAAACAAACUAUGCAACAAAGGAAAAAUACAUUGGAGUAAAUGUUUUAAUGGCAAUGAAUGGAGUAAAGCAUUAUCAAAAUCUGCUAAGUUGGUUAAUUACUGGAGUAUUUUUCAGCAUUUUUUAUGUAGUUCCAAUAAUAAUAUUAUUUAAAAACACUUUCUCUAAGAAUGUUGAUCCAUAUUUGUAUUAUGGCAACAGUUUUAUAUUUUGGUUACUGUUUACAGUACAUAUUGCUCAUUUAAUAUCAUUUGGUAUGCACAUUGCUGCAUACUUUUCAAAGCCACGUUUUGUGAUAACAGCAUUAUCAGUUAUUUAUACUGCUUCUUUUUCACUUCAUGGACACUUAACAAGAGAUGGAGUAUUUUCAAUAAUACCAUAUUUGGGAUUAUUGUUUCCAAAUAUGUUGUUGUAUAGGUUCUUGGAAGAGGUCAAUGCAUACGAAACUAAAUUAAUUGGUAUCCAAUGGUCAAAUAUGUUUGAUGUUGGAGAUCCACAAUAUAAUAUCAGUGGAUCUAUUGGAUUUAUAUUAAUUUUUUCACUUUUGGGUGCUUCACUGCAUUUCCUUUUAGCAUUGUAUAUCAAUGCUAUUUUUCCAGGAAAGUAUGGAGUACGUAAAAAGCCAUUUUAUUUUUUGAAGUAUUUAAGAAGAAAUAAAGUAUAUCUUGAUGAGGAUAUAGAAGAUUUUGACUAUGAUAAAGUGGAUAAUGAAAAUUUUGAAUCUGUGACAAAAGGUGCACUUACUCCUGGAAUUCAGAUACGUAAUCUUAAGAAAACGUAUAAAACUAACUGCUUUCGAAAAUCGGCAGUUCAAGCAUUAAAAGGAAUUACGAUUGAUUUAUACAAAGGUCAAAUCACAGCUUUAUUGGGCCAUAAUGGCGCUGGGAAAACUACACUAAUGUCUAUCUUAACAGGUGUAAUAAGCCCAACCGAAGGGAAAGUUCUUAUAAAUGGCAAAAGCAUUGCAAAACAUUUGGAUGUUAUCAGAAAUGACUUGGGAUUAUGUCCUCAAGAAAAUAUGGUUUUUCCAGAUAUGAGUGUAUCUGAACAGUUAGAAUUUUUUGGUCUAUUGAAAGGUGUAAAUAAAACAAGAAAAGAAAUUAAACUAAAUGUUAAUAUGCUUCUUGAUAAAUUAAAAUUACGUGAGAAAAGAAAUGUUCUUCCAAGUAAAUUGUCAGGAGGACAGAAGAGAAGAUUGUGCCUUGGGAUGGCUCUUGUUGGUGAUGCUAGUAUUGUAAUUUUGGACGAACCAACAUCAGGAAUGGAUCCUGAAACUAGAAGAGAUAUAUGGGAUAUUAUAUUGAAAAUAAGAGGGAAGAAAACAAUUUUGAUUAGCACACAUAAUAUGGAAGAAGCUGAUAUACUCGGAGACAGAAUUGCUAUUGUGCACGGAGGGCGAUUAAAAUGUUAUGGUACAUCCAUGUUUUUGAAAAAGCAAUAUGGCUAUGGCCAUUUAGAAGUUACAUUAUCAACUAAAUCUUGGUGUAAUUCAGAGAAAGUUAUAAACAAGUUUGAUGCAAGAACACAACAAAUAAGUGUAGACAGUGAAAAGAUUGUUUUAAGUGUACCAAAUACUGAGACAUUACCACAAAUUUUAGAUAAAGUUGAAAAUCAAAAAAAGAAACUAGGUGUUACAGGGAUCAGCGUGUCACUUAUUACUUUAGAAGAAGUAUUUUUAAAAGUAAUUAAAAAAGAAGACAAAGAAACACAUUUGAAUGAAAUAUUCUGUUCUCCAUUACAAAAAGUAACGGGAUGGCCUUUGUGUAUACAAACUAUUUUAGCGCUGUAUCAUAAAAAAUUAACUUACACUAGGAAGAAUUUGAGUCAUACAUUAUUGACUCUAUUUUUACCAAUUUUGUCAGUAGUAUUAAUGGGCUUAAGUUACGACACACCUAGUGAAUCAACAAAUGUAUUUCCACUGCAACUUAACAUGUACAGGUAUCCAAAAGCUUUGUAUUCUGAAAAUGAAAUGCUUGGUAAACAUUAUAAAAAUACUGUAGAAUAUUUUGGUGGAUCUGCAGAGGAAGUAAAGCAAGAUAAAAGUGUUUCAGAAGCUUUGUUGGAUCAUGCUAUUCAAGACAUUGCAAAAUAUCGCAACAAUUACAUUGUUUCUGCAGAAUUUAAUACUUCUGAUGGAGCUGUAUAUGUUAAUGGUUUUUAUUCUGGCUUAGCAAUUCAUAGUAUACCAUUGACUGUGAAUCUAAUAUCAAAUGCAUUAAUCAAACAAAUAGCUGGAGAAGAAUAUUCCAUUCAUAUUUCAAGCCAGCAGUUACCGAACUCUUUGUCAGCAACGAUGUUAGUACCAAGCGCUGAAGCAUUGCCUCGGGUUUUGGUAUUCUGCUCUUUCUUCUUCCCAACUGUAGCGUUGUUUCUUAUCCAUCCCUUUCAAGAGAUGGAAACUAAAAUAAAGCAACUUCAAAGAAUGACGGGAGUCUCCUCUUUCUCAUAUUGGGGCACCAUGUUCACCUUUGAUUUUAUAGUUCUCACAGCUUGUGUACUCAUUAUCAUACUAGGGCUUUAUAUUAUGGAUGUUAUCUUGGAUAUUCGCUUAUACUACAGCACAGAAAUAUUGACUAUGACACUGCUAUUACUGCUGUUUGGCAUUAAUUCUUUAUUCAUAACAUAUAUCUUUAGUUUUGUCAAUAAAUCGAGAAAUACUGUGGGGACCAUAUUGAGUCUUGUACCUGUUGGAUUCACGUUGCUGCAAUAUCUGCUGCAUGAAGUGAUUUUCCGUUUCGAAUACUUGAAGGUUCUACACGCGAUACAGAAAAGAAUAUUCCGUCUAAUACCUCAUGUGAGCCUAUUUCAUGGUCAAUAUUCUUUCUUCGAAAUAGCUGUACAAAAUGCAAGAUGCCGUCGAUUACCAAAUCGAUUGCAGAGCGUAGUUUGCCUAGCUCCUAUGGAUAUUUGCUGUGAUUUGGAGUGUGCAGAUGGAGUCUGCAAAAAGCAACUUUCCUAUUUUUCUGACUAUAGUAGUGACAUGAGCCUGGGAGAAUGCGUUGUAUAUUUGUCCGUCACGCCAUUAAUAUAUUUUGCUGUACUUAUUAUUCUAGAAGAACGAUUAAUAGACAAACUUUACGCUAAAGUAUUCGAUCAAAAGUUAAAAAAUGCCUGUGAUAUAAAAGAUGAAGAGGUACAGAAGGAGAAGUACGCAGUGGCGUUAGAAAUGAGGAAUCUAACGAACCGUGAUUUAACAUCUGAAGAAGGAAAAAGAAUCAGCGAAAAAGAGAAAGAAACACCAAUGCCUGCUAUUAAACCUGACACUCUUGAAAGUUCAGAAAAUAACAACGAGAGUCUGUUCCUGGUUUAUGAGUUAAGUAAAUAUUACGGGAAAUUAAUGGCAGUACAGGAAAUCAAUUUCCGAGUGAAGCAACGAGAAUGUUUUGGAUUACUUGGCGUUAACGGCGCUGGGAAGAGCACUACAUUCAGAAUGUUGACUGGUGAAGAAAUGCCAAACAGUGGCAUCAUGUACUUAGGAAGAUCAGAAAUUCGUGCAGACAGGAAAAACUAUCUUGCUCAAAUGGGUUAUUGCCCACAAACAGAUGCUUUACUCAACUCGUUAAACUCGUUUGAUCAUUUGCGAUUGUUCGCAUUACUUCGAGGUAUACCUAGAUCCAAAGUGGACUUAGAAGUCAAUAAAUGGAUCAAUCGGCUCAAUUUAAAUGCUUGUAUGUAUCAACCAAGUGGUACUUACAGUGGAGGUAAUAAACGACGUUUGAAUAUUGCAAUGUCUUUAAUUGGGAAUCCAACACUUGUUCUGUUGGAUGAACCAACGACGGGGGUCGACCCUGCAGCUAGAAGAUCCUUAUGGAAUAUUCUUCAAUCGUGUCAAGCAAUGGGACAAGCUAUUAUUCUUACUUCUCACAGCAUGGAAGAAUGCGAGGCUUUGUGCAAUAGACUAGUCAUUAUGGUGAAAGGUCAAUUGGUUUGCAUCGGUGCAAGCCAAGAAUUGAAGCAACGAUUCGGCGCUGGUUACGAUAUUCACAUCAAAUUAAAUCCCAGUAGAUCGGAUGAUGAUGUUAGCAAUAUAAAGAUGAUUAUGGAAUCAUCUUUAACGUGUGAAGUCAGAGAUGAGAAUUUGGGAUUAAUUGCUUAUCACGUCAAUAAUUCUGGAACGACGUGGGAAAAAAUGUACAGUACAAUGAAGGAUUUGAAAAACCGAUACAGUUGUAUCGAAGAUUAUGCUGUUUUAUCAGCUACCUUGGAGCAGCUUUUCAUUCAGUUCGCCAGAGGAACUGAAACAAAGGAACCCGAAGGGUCUACAGAUUCCAGAACUAGUCCAGCACUUAUUUAAAUGUUGUAUAAUUACGCUUAUAAAAAAGUUUUUAAAGUAUUCUGUUUUAAUUUGGGAAAGUAUUAUUGUGCACUAUGUCGUACAUUUAUUCCAUAAUUUUUUUAUUCUCAAACGUGUAUAUUUAAAUUUACAGCAUAAAUGAAGCGCUAUAAAUAUAUAUGUAAUUUUUCAAAAUGCAUAGUAUACUAAGAAUAUAUUGCAAUUGUGUUACAAUCAUUAUCUUCUAAUAAAGAACGCUUAAAAAUA